AUUCGGCUUGGUGGCGGCGGUUUAAUUUCCUAGUUGCUCAAGAUGGCGGCGGCCGUCUUUCCAAGGCGCUGCUGCAGCCGCUGGAGAAAAGAGAGGAUAAGUCCGCUGCAGAUGAUGCUGUGGGGAGCUGCCGGCCUGGCGUCCCUCCUUACGGUUGCGGCUUCCCUGGAGCCGGAGCCGGUGGGGAGCCACGUGGUGGAGCUGAGCGGGUCCAACUGGAGCCUCCUGCUGCAGGGCCAGUGGAUGGUGGAAUUCUAUGCUCCUUGGUGUCCUGUCUGUCAGCAAAUGGAAUUGGCGUGGGAAGCUUUUGCAAGAAACAGCAAGGAACUUGAACUCAGUGUGGGCAAGGUUGAUGUCACUCAAGAACCAGGUGUAAGUGGCCAUUUCUUAGUCACUACUCUUCCCACUAUUUACCAUGCAAAGGAUGGAGUUUUUCGCAGAUACCGUGGCUCGAAGACAUUGGAGGAUCUAGAGAGUUACAUCCUGGAGAGAAAGUGGGAAAGGAUAGAACCUGUGGCAGGAUGGAAGUCUCCCACAUCUCUAAUGAUGUAUGGAAUGGCAGGACUCUUCCAUUUGUCUGGAUGGAUCAGACAAAUCCACAACUAUUUUACUGGCACUCUUGGAAUUCAUAUUUGGGUUUCUUAUGCCAUCUUCAUAUUAGCCACCCUUUUGAUUGGUCUUAUCUUGGCUCUGAUAUUUGUUUUGCUUAUAGAUUGCAUGUGUCCAGCUAAGUCCAAAGAAGAAAGCUUUGAUUCCGUAGAUUCUGAUGAGAAUAAAACAGAAGAUCAACAGCAAAUGCUUUCAGCAGGGGACGAAAUUCCAGAAGAGGGUUUGUCUGUUGGAGAAAACGAAGAAGAGGGAGAAGAGGAGUCUCAGCCCAAUUCCUCAGAUGACUCAGCAGUUGAAGGAUGUGAGGGAGAAAAUGAUUCGGAGCCUUUCGAAUCUGACAAGUUAGAGGAGACCUCCUUAAGACAACGUAAAAAUCCGAUGGAGCCUGAACUAUAGUGAAAGUAAUUGAGAAUAUACUUUUAAGUGGACCAAAGAAGAUUGGGACCUUCAUUUCGCAGCUGAAGCCAAAUAUUUGACUUAUAAGCUGUUGCAGCUAAACAUAGGCUGACUGCCAGAAAGCAUCGGUUUUUAUUUUUAAGGUCAAUAUUUUGAAUGUAAAAUAUGACUAAUGUUGAAAUCAGAGACAUGACAAUCAAACAACCAUGUUGAGUUCAGGGAUAGGUAAGAGGUUUUAUUGCAUCAGCCAUACCAUAAACUCUAUGAAGUGGUCAUUCUAUAUAACUGCAAAUUGUCUGUGUUGCAGAAUUAAGUAUAAAACAAGGAAAGUUUUUUUGAGGCUUGCUGGUACAAGUUAAUUCCAAAAUGUACAGUUGAAGACAAAAAUCUAGAGGACUGAAGGCAGCUUAAGACAGUAAUAAGGUUUUACUGUUUUAUGUGCUUGAACAGAUAACUCUUCAUAGCUCUCAGAGGUCUUUGGCUCCAGUUAUGUAAGGUAUUUCCUACAGGCUUCAGAGCUAUGAUGUGUGUUUCAGGGGAGAUCAUAGUAUAACAAGAACUAUGUUUACAAUAUAGUUUACAAGCUGCAAGGUUUUACUUUCAGCAUCCUUUCUUGAAAGACAGGAAGAGGUUUUUAAAUAUGGAUGUGGCUUUCGUACAACAAUCAGUUUCAUAUCCAUUGUCCCAAUAUUAAUCUGUCAAGUCAAUAUCUCAGGAUCUGAAUUGUUGGCCAUAGUUAGGUUCCUUUGUAUUUACUCAAUACUGCUUUAAUAUAACAUUGAUUCUUUUAUGCAUUACAAUUCAACCCACAAUCCAGGAGACGCCUGAAAAAAUAUCAUUGCAAAUUUCUUAAUGCAAACAGAAUGUCUGGAUGCAUAAAUUGAUUUUUAUUUUGUCCUCAAUAAUCAGAGUAUUUAUUCCGUCCCAUACUUGUCAAAGUUCUGUAUAGUAUAGAUAUGUGAAGUAAUCAUAUAAGUAUCAGUAUUCCCUUGUAAGGUUAUGCAAGUGUUGAAUGCAUUAUGAUGAAUUAAGUUUAUCAAAGAAGCAACUCAGAAUAGUGUUAUUCCCCUUUGUGUUUAGAGACAAUUAUUUUCAGAGGUAUCCAGCAAAUUAAAAUGAAUGUCAGGAUCAUUGUUGAACAUGCUAUUCAACUUUUAGGUUGAGAGAUUUUUUAAGCCUAAGAAAUGAUAGGCUGAGACGAGAGUAAUAAAAAUAAAGCACUAUAUUUGCUUUAUGUGCAUGCUGUCGUAAUAUUUGUCAUUUGUGUCCUCUGUUGAUUAGAAUAUUAUUUUCAAAUUUUUGUUAACCUUUUAUUGCACUAAAAUAAGUCCUAACAUCUGUACAAUUUGCUUAGUAAAAGACCUUUUUAAACAAGUUUAAAAAGUUUAAAACUAUCCAUUGCACUUUGUUAAUAUUACAGAAUAUAAGGCAAAUAGAUUUAAGUGCUCGGGGUGGGGGAAGCAUUUAGAAGCAAAUAAAUGUUUAAAUGUACAUAAUUAGCCUGCUGUGACUACAUUAAAAAAAUACAUGUUUGAGAAUCUUAAUGUGGCACAGUUAAAGAAACUGAUAGUGCAGCAUCUGCAUUGCUAGCAUUUUUUUUCGUGCUGUUAAAAGCAUCAAAAAGAUAAGUUGUUAGCUAGUUAUUUGAUUUGAUUCUUGAACCUCUGAACUUUACUACUUUGACCAAGCAUGUUUUUUUGAUAACGUAAAAGAUUCAGGUUGAGUAAAAAAAUCAGAGUUAAAUGCCUUGUGCUCAGUAUGACAGUUCUCGAUAUAUUUUUCACAGUCUUCCUUAUUUGUCUUCCAUUUUUUUACAAGGUAAAGUGUAAGAAUUUAGUUCAUAAGAUUUCAGUUCAGUUUAUUCUUGCUUAGAGAGUUGAUGUCUUAAUGUUUUACGUGUAUAUAUAAACCACUGCUUUAAGUUGGCUUAUAAUAAAGAUAAUUGCAAAGCAUUCCAAAAAAAAUUAUUAAAUUUGGGGUGGGGGUGGGGUUUAACAUAGAAAAAAGUGAAAUGAUUUUGAAACAGUGGUCACUAUAACCUCUAUUCAUAAGUUUGAAUGUAUAGAUGCUUAUCUUUUAAAAGCAGCAAGUAGAGUAAACAAAUUCAUUUGAAGAUUCUUAAAAGAGUUAAUAUUUGGCAAGUAAACUUCUUUGCCCAGACGUUGCUAUUUUUCAUCAAAUUUUAAAAAGCAACAUUACCAUUUAUGUCUCUAAUUGUUACUUUAAAUGAAACUUACUCAAUUUUUAGUUUAAUUUGACAUGAAUUCUAUGUAAAACGUUUAUAUUAACAUGCUGCUUUAUUAACUAUAAA